AUGCAGGACGAAAUUUCCCUACUCGUGUCUAUUGUUGUUGUUGUAUGUUGGAGCGCGAACAAGGAAGACGCUUUGCGAUGCGAAUUCCUUCGCAAAGUGCAUCCAAAACGCUGCAAGGGUAGCACUCCUGGUUCAAAUGCGGAAGAAAUCUCCACUGCCAAUGGAACCAAUGGACUGGCUGUCAGUGAAGCAACCCUUCCACCUCCGAGGAAUCACUUCAAGACCUUGCAGAAGCUCCAGGCGCCGUCAGCUUCUAAACUUGAACACGUUCACAGACAGACAUUUGCGGCUCUACUGAAUUUUGAAGCCACUUUCGACUCUCCUCAUCAUCGCCGUCUUCUCAGGGCGCUCCACGAAAAUGGAGUACCAGGAAAGGUGAUGACUGGAGUAGGGGCAGUGGUUGGAAAGUCCCUCUUCAACUUCGCUAUCAAUGACAGAAUAGUCUCUCAGUGUCCUGCCGACAUCUUAGCACCGUCAGGGUGCUCCUUGACUGAUCUUGAGUACGACGAUGAUGUUGUUAUAUUUGCGGAAAGCAGUAUGAAACUUCAACAUGUUGUCAACCUUGUAUCGAAGCUGGCUGCAGCCUAA